AUGUCAAGGAUACACAUUAUCACUAGUGAUCUCAACAAAUCUAGGUCAAAGAUACGCAGUAUCACUAGUGAUCUCAGCAAAUCUAGAUCAAAGAUACACAGUAUCACUAGUGAUCUCAGCAAAUCUAGGUCAAAGAUUCACAGAAUCACUAGUGAUCUCAGCAAAUCUAUGUCAAAGAUACACAGAAUCACUAGUGAUCUCAGCAAAUCUAGGUCAAAGGUACACAGUAUCACUAGUGAUCUCAGCAAAUCUAGGUCAAGGAAUCACAGAAUCACUAGUGAUCUCAGCGAAUCUAGGUCAAAGAUACUCAGUAUCACUAGUGAUCUCAGCAAAACUAGGUCAAAGAUACAAAGUAUCACUAGUGAUCUCAGCAAAUCUAGGUCAAAGAUUCACAGAAUCACUAGUGAUCUCAGCAAAUCUAGGUCAAAGAUUCACAGAAUCACUAGUGAUCUCAGCAAAUCUAGAUCAAGGAUACACAUUAUCACUAGUGAUCUCAACAAAUCUAGGUCAAAGAUACACAGUAUCACUAGUGAUCUCAGCUAA